UUGUAGACUAAAGAAGCACACCUUUGCCCAUAUGCCCUUUGCUUCGCAGGCCGUUAGGCUAUUCUAUGGAGAUACACAGACUAAGCAGCUGCCACCACUCAAGCGAAAGACACAGGACAUUGUAGUGCCUGUUCCAAAGAAGCGCAAGGUCAUUGUUGAUGCCGCCAAAGCGACGACGACUAGUGAUCAACGCAUUGCAGUAAAACGUCCUACAAGUGCUAUACAGCCUGGAGCGCCUAGAGAUGAAGUCAGCAAGCUUUUUGAACCUGUGAACAACUCUUUACAAGGUACUGGAAGGGAACAUCGCCGAAAGCGAGAUCGAACAAGUAGCUUACCUGCUGCAAUACCAAGCGUUGCACCCAAAGCAAAAGUAGGAAGUUCGGGGACUCUUUCAUGCUAUCAGUGUGGAUCUACAAAGACGUACGCAUGGCGGCAUGAUGCAGAAGGGAACAAGAUUUGCGAUACUUGUCGCUCAAGAAACCGUUCACGCGAGCAAAAAGAACAAACAAGGGCAGUUACGAAAGCGCCUAUCGUACGAGAGUCUAAGCGUGCCAAGUCGCCGUCUGAACGCAUGAUUACUAGACGAUUGAGUGCUUCUCAACCAACGACCGAAGCAUCGCGGUCUCCAAGCGUCGAAACGCGCUCUGGCAAAAAGGUAAAGCAGGACCAGUCACGCCCUAAACGUGAAGAUCCGCCAAUUGUUGAAAAGCGAUCAAGUAGGGCGGUCAAGCGAUCAUCUGCACCAAAGCGUGCUGCAAGUCCAAGUCCUGUGCUGCGUUCGUCAAGGCGCAAACAAGCCAAAACAGAGUCUCCUGAGCCCGCCGCAUCACCCUCAGAACCCAGGCGAUCUGGUAGGGCAUUGAAAAGAACGCAGGCAAAUACAGCAAGGAUAGACACUUCUCCACCAAUUUCACCUACAGAUAGCGCAAAGCGUGUCAAGGUUGUUGCAGAGAAGCCAGAGGGGCCGUCAUCAAGCACGGCUGAUACCUCCACUUCUAUUCCGGCUGUCAAGGGAAAUACUACCGGCGACUCGAAACAAGUAGUGGACCACGAUGAUGGUGUCAAGCGAUGUACUGACUGUGGGGGAACGCAUACAGCUGGUACUUGGCGCAAGGAGAGCUCUGGAGGCAUUCUGUGCAAUCGAUGCAUGGUUCGUCGAUGGCGUGCAAGCAAGGGCAGACCAGUCUUUUCAAAGAUCAAAGACGAUGUGGAAACGAGUGGUUCGAGCUCACGACGAUCGUCGCUCAAGGACACCUCGACUCCUGUUAUACAAUCGACGUAUGGUACGCGUGCUCGGUCAAGCAAGAAGUCUUAUUCGCCGGAGGACACACCAGCCCAGAGCACACGACCCAGGAAGCGUGCGGCGAGCCAAGUCAGCAAGUCGCCACCCACACGACUGCCCACACCACCCACCACUCGCUCCGCAACGACCACUUCGCCAUACUCAUUCCGCAAGUCUCCAGCAAAGACGUUUAAAAGCACAGCAGCUGAUGAUGGACAGCCUCAGCAGUCGAGUCGAAGCAAGACAAUCCGGGCGAGCGCGAAAGAAUCAGGAUCGAAAGACAACCGCAGUCAGAAUGCGCCGGCCAUCAACACGCGCAAAGCCGUUUCCACUACGGGCGGGGACACGAAAAGGCCUGAAAGCCCAAAGACGGCUCCUGUCACUCAAGUCGAAAGCACAAAGACCGAUCAAGCACUGCCACGUCUUGCGCUCUUUCCCUUGCCACCAACCUCACCUCAAUCUGCCCCACCAACAGCUCAACCCAGUCAAGUCAAUCAAGUUCUGGGACCUUCCAGACCUGCUUCUGUACCUGCAAAGUAUCAAUCUCUAGAGACGCGAGACGAUGUCUCCUUCGAGGUGGCUUUACGCUUGAAACGUGCACGCCAAGAACAACAAGAACGCAACGAGAGGCGCGAACUCAAUAUCUUGCCAGCGCCUGAACAUCUCAAGCAUCAGCAACGUCAGGCAUGGAAAGUGAGACCGCAGACGCCACAGGAAUCGGCCACAAUUCCAAAACUGACCGGUGACAGGGAGAGUCCUACAAGUCAAGAGCCCGACGAUGCACCUCCACAAGGAAGACGCCCGUUCAUCACGUACAACGGUACAAGUGGGUGAACAAGACGCUUGAUGCCAAGAAGACAUAGAAUCCAGCAAUGGAGAUGUGUUCUAGAGGUCACUGCCUCGAUAUCUGGAGCACAAGGGUGGACUGCCGACUUGUCGUGCUACUUCGAAGCUUGCUAGUAUCUGUUACAAUGAUGUGAUCUUCUUGAAAUUCUCGCAGAGUAUAGUGAAGCUAUCCA